GUGAGUUUCCUGAACUGUCAUGCAUGUCAUGUUGAGGCCAGGACAAACUUCGGGGCGAGCGGCGAACAAAUUAAACCAUCUCGAGAAAACCGAACAAGGCGACGGCGCUGACUCAGCGAGCGCUGAACGCGAGGUAAACUUCGUCGUUUAAGUCGACUUAAGUCAAGCUACUGAGCUGACGGUCGGCUACGUACGAUGUGGUUCGCUACUCUAGCAUAUGUUACAUUGGCAGUUGCCACAACGCUGCAACCAGUCACUUCCAACAACAUCGAGAAAAGUGCACGUUCCUCCGAGUCCGACAAAACCAUCCUCAAGGAAUCUUAUCUUGCGACGAACAUCGAGUUUAAUCUAGGAAAAGGAUGGGGAGCGGUGAAAUCAUUGUUUGACAAUCCUUCGAAAAUCACAGACGCGAUACACGAAGGAUUUGAUUCUUUGUCUGCUUCAGCACACACGUGGAGAGUCUUUCUGGACAAAAUCACAGAGCUCAGUCCAAAUAUCAAGGAGUAUACCGAUGGAUUCUAUCAUCACGCCGUAGAAUUGUAUCCAUCUGAGAAGAUCACGGAGUUCAGGGAGUCUAUUGUCAAUGUCACUGCUACUGCGGCUGCUUUGCGUAAAGUUUGCGACGGGGCCGCAGAGGACAGUGGCGUUUCUCUCCACUCCGUAAUAGAAGAACACAAGGAUAUCUUCGUUGUCCUAUUCGAAGAGCUGAUGGAGAUGUUCCCGCCACCCGGGGAGGCUCCCGGUCACGACAACCGUACAAUCAUGAUCAACACGGUCGCCACCAAGCUCGGAGUCAGCGAAGAACUAUUGAAAAGUCACUCUGAUUCUCUCAAGUUCGUUGUUCAGCAUGUUGCCGUAACCAUAGGAGACCUUGCCGAACAGCAUCCCGAGAUCGCCAAUGCCCUCUUGCUCAUUGCGGUUGCAGAGUUGUCACCCUUAUUGUUGCCUGAGAUUGGGAUGGGUACAUUACUUGACGGAUGGCUUCUUCGCCCACUUCUCCACCUGUUCGGAUUUGGAACCCCAAGGACCAAUCAAAGAAUUGCUGCGUGGUUGCAAAGUUGGAUAUUUGGUCCCAUCAUCCCAAAGGGUAACUGGUUUGCGGCGCUCCAGCGCCUAGCAAUGAUCGGUACAAAGGUUUAAGUAUCCUUCAAGUCGUUCGAGUUUCAGCAGUCGUUUCAUGACAUCGAAACCCCUCGGGUCUGUUUACGUUCGUAUUUUAGAGUCGAUUUUUUGAUAUCUCAAGUGUAUUCUAGAUCUCACGUUGUAAAUGUUCUUGCCUAUCCAACCCAGUCAAGCAAUCUAUGGCCUUCCUUCUGGGGAAUUGAUAGUAUGGGCGUGUGAAUCGUAUGGGUCCUGCCUAGUAGUCCAACCGCUGACCGGUCCACGAGCGGUCAACCAUUGUCUGUACCAGCACUGCGAAUGUCGCUUCCGGCAACGUUGAAGAAGGUCCUUAUUCCUAC